GCACGCGCACAAGUGACUAGUGAGCGAUCGUAAAAAAUUCUAAAAAGUUUAUUUAUAUGGUAACUUGUGAAGUUUAAAUUUUACAAAAGAAAUUAAAGUGUGACAAGUGAUCAACAGAGUAAUUCAAUUUCUUCACAAGAAUCAAGAUCUAGUUUACACAUUUGACAACUGUGGUCGUGUAUAAUAAUAAUAAAAAAAUGGCAACUAAAGUAGCCGUUGUUACCGGAUCAAAUAAAGGAAUCGGAUUUGCCAUUGUACGAGCUCUAUGUAAGAGAUUUGACGGUGACGUUUUCCUUACCUCUAGAGAUUUAGGUCGGGGUCAGAAUGCAGUUGCUGAACUUAACAAAGAAGGCCUGCAUCCAAAAUACCAUCAACUGGACAUCACAGACCCUAAGAGUGUUGAAAAAUUCCGUGAUUAUUUAAAAGAAAAUUAUGGUGGUUUAGAUAUUCUAGUGAACAAUGCUGCUAUUGCUUUUAAAGUUAAUGCUCCGGAACCUGUCAUAGUUCAGGCAGAACAAACUUUAUUUGUUAAUUACUACUCUGUUCUAUCGACUUGCCAAAUACUCUUUCCAAUUUUACGCAAUGGUGCCAGAGUAGUUAACAUAACAAGUUCUUGUGGGCAUUUGCUUAAAAUCAAGAGUGAGAAGUUGAGGAAUCGGUUUAAGGACCCUAAUCUAACUAUAGAAGGUUUGUCUGGCUUGAUGCAAGAAUAUAUUGAAGCAGCAAAACAAGGUAAUCAAGCAGCAGACUGGGGAAAUUCAAGCUAUGCUGUUGCUAAGGUUGCUAUAACAGCAUUGUCCAAGAUUCAACAAAGAAUGUAUGCUGAUAGAGAUAUCAUAGUAAAUGCAGUGAACCCUGGCUAUGCAGCCACUGAUAUGACUUUACAUAAGGGAAGGCUAACUAUUGAUGAAGCGGCAGUUGCUCCGGUUUACUUAGCAUUAGAUGCUCCAGAGUCUAUUAAAGGGCAGUAUGUUUGGAAGGACAAGACUGCAAUCAGUUGGGAAGAGGAAUUGGCUGAUCCAGACUAUGUUAUAUAACUGACUAGACUAUAAUAAGGCUUAUAAUAUAUUUAAUCUUAUAUUA